AUGGUUAACGCGACGGUGACGUCAUCGGCAGCCCGACUUCCGGUCUCGAAGGUAAACGGAGCGCAGCACUAGCGAAGGAAGCCAAGCGAGCGAAAGCUUACAGCACCAUCCAUGUGGGACACGGCAGUAUAUGAUAUGUCCACAGAGAGGAAGGCUGCAACAAAACGACCUGCUGAUAAAAUCACAGCAGGACCAGACAGCAGAAAAGCACGCCAAUGCCAGAUUGACCAACCAACAACUUCUUGGGGUGAGAAGACUACAGAAGAAGAAGCCCCUACCCUACAGGUAUCUCUGCAGAAUGCCAAGCAGAUAGUCGAGCACCAAAAGGUAGAAAUUACAACAUUAAAGGAGAAGGUUGAUAUGCUCACGCAAGACCGUGACUUCCUCAGAGAGAGACUUAAAGAGGCUCUGGCGCUCAAAGCUUGGAAGCAGGAGGAGACCUCAGCAGGGCUGAGGAAGCAGAGUCUCCAGGAGACUGACGACUCCACAUCCUCGCAGUCCCCCGAGGACUCGGAGUACUCCGAAGAAGACGAUUCAUCCGAGGACAACAAAAGGAAGUCAAAGAAGAAGUCCAAGAAGCGAGCCAAGUCCAAAAAGCCUAAGAAAGUUAGGAAAAUGAGAGUAAAAACUCCGGAUGAUUCCAUCCGUCGCUACAACAUGGUGUUGGGGAAAGUACAGAAGGAGCACAUUAGCAAGGCUGAAGCUUACGCUAAGCUGGGAGUGGACAGAAACACCAUCGUGUCGCAAGCACCUAUCGCCGAACUCGCCGUUGCCAGUCCUGACAUUUUCAAAACACUCAGGGCGACAUUUAAAAGGAAAGACAGUCUCAGGCGGUUUGCAGAAACCUGCCGGAGCUUCUGCCAGCAGGAGCCCACAGCUACUUCAAUACUGAAGAAGAAGGAAGAAGGAUGCUUACUGGACAUUUAUAAAAACUGGGCCUCCAUUCCACAUCUAUCUCUCUAACUUGUCAGGUCUGUUAGUGAAGCAGGUACCUAGUAAGACGUAAGGCAGGGUCUAGUAGGUUUUUUUGUUUGUUAAAGGACAUUCAGGCUCGGUUCCCUGUUUAAGAAUUAUUUGCACUAAAAAACGUAUCGUUUGUAUCAUGUUGUUUGAGGUGAUGUUUUUGUGUUUGCUAGAUUGUAUCUGUAAGGUUUUGCAUAACUGCUGUAAUCAGUGUAGUUAAGGAACUUAAAUUUUUUAUCACUGUGGUUACUGAGCAUUUUGUUUUCAAAAGCUGAGUAUUGAAGCUGUUGACUGUGAACUGUGCAGUAAAUGCCUUUUUGUUUUAAACAGAUUUAACAGACUUCGGAGAUUGUUUUAUUCUGAAGACAUAUUUUUGAAGGCACCAUUCAGACUGAGAAUGGAAUAAAGUAUUGCAGUGAAUACCUUUUUUUGUUUGAAAUGAAUCGAACGUUAGCUUUGUGAUUGUGUUAUUUUGAAGGCCCCGUGCAGAUUGAGCACGGAAUAAAGUACUGCUGAAUUAA